AGUUGCGACCUCUUCCGGAUCCCCCCUUAGAUAUCCUCUUGGCUAACUCAUGGCAUGGAUCAUUGGCCAGGAAGCUCUACUACACAUACUCUCCCAGCGUUGAAGAAGGGUAGACCACGGAAAGAGGACAAGAGCAAGGCGCUUGACGGAAGCGAAGGACACCCUGUGGUCGACCAUGGCUCGCUCACGGCGGCGAAUCUGUAUCGCAAGGGCAGACACCUAGAGUGGACGACUCUAGGCACCAAUGACACCGGACGUAAGCUCAUUGCACGGGGUGAGGCUGUCAAGAUAUUUCCCGCAUCCCGCCCAGAGUGGCAUCCUGAGCCGCAAGUCAGCGUAAAACACCAGGCAGAGCAAGGCGCAAAUUUCCUGCGUACUCGUUAUCCCGACGUAGACAUUGCAUCUGAGCUCAUCAGGGAAGAACUCGAAGAGACGUCACGCCUAUCCUCAGAGGUGCAAAUAUUCGACCCAUACGCGGGGAAUCUACUUUCCGUAGUUUCCUGUGGUGCAAGGACAGGAAGAAAUGCGUCUUUUCUCGCGUUCCCGAUGGGACAGACCGGCUGUGACCUUAACAUAUCGGGUAUAUCUUGCACGAAGAAGAAUAACACGUUGUUCAAACCCUCCGCUAGUCCCGCUUGGUCGUUUGACACUCCCAUUCAGCAAAUCGCCUCUUGCCCAAACCACAGCUCUGCACGUAAGGAGACGACCAUCGCAGUUCGGACUGGUGGCGGAACCAAACUUUUGAGUGUUGAGCACAGGCCUAAUUUGCUACAUGGAUUGGUCGCGAAGGAAAUCACCUCCUUCACCCGUUCGGAUACUGCGAAUCAGAGAGUCGUGGACUUCUUGUUCCAUGGCCAGACGGUGGAGGACCUCGCGUUUCUGGCAGUCAACGAUGCAGGGAGUGUCUUCCGGCACAACCUACUCGACACACAGGGGAGGAUGCUGCCCGUGUACACACAUUCUAUCAGCUCCCCGAAAGAUCCAUUCUGGCGACUGGCUAGCCUUCCUGACUCAAAUACUUGUUUACUGUUAUCCAGCACUCGACUGGAGACCGUGGAUUUCAGGGCUCCAAACAUUGCGCUCUCUUUGGCGACGGUCCAGGGUUUGAAAACGGUGUUCACUUCCGUUGAAGGCCUUCAACUCGAUAACAUGAUUCGGGUCGCCUCCACCGAAGAGAUUAUAUGGAUCGACUAUCGGUUUCCUCUUAGGCCUGUGGUUGGGAUUAAACACCACCGUCAACAGGACCGGACGCUGCAUAUGCAGAGUUUAAUGUUCGGGAAGGGCAAGUGCAUCCCACUGACGUUCCUAACCUCGUGCAAGAACGGUUUAGUGACGGUUUAUGACGUCUCCCAGGGUCUAGAUAACUUCGUGCAUCUAAAUUCCUUACCAUAUGCCAUUCCUCAUCUCCCUGUGAUUGGCAGCAGACGCGUCGGUCAGGCGGUAUUUCGGCAUCCUAGCGACCCUGGAGACAAUGCUGCGCUUGUACUACAGCUAUCGGACCGCGGUAGUAUUCAUCGGCUCGAUAUUGAGCUUAAUCUUAGUGAUCGAGCCUUCGAGGCUCUCGGCCGUACCCACGAUUGGUCGCAAGACAUGUUUGCCCUAGAGAGGAGCAUGGAAACUGCCGCCAUAGAAGUUGGUCAAGUCAGUGGGCGCUCAUACACCGAGGUAGACAUGGAACCUGUGUAUAAGAGAAUAUAUGGCCUGGAUCAGUGUUCACCGCCCGCAGACGACCCUGAUACAUUCUACGAUACUCUUGAUGCGUUGCCCAACUUCUGGCAGAAUGCGGAAGCUCCAGUUGAACAGGUCUUAACAACUUUCGAUAUCGCGUUUAGAUCUGGACCAGAUCCUGGUAAUCUUUCGAGGACCGACUUCUUUACUGGCAGUGCGAUCAACUCUCUUCGAGGGUAUCGCACUCUUGUGCAGGAUCGCCUCCCGUACGAAGAGCUCGCGAAACGUUCCGAAUGGCAUCACGACUGGACUAACACUCUUCGUCGCUUCGUACCUGAUAUCUCGGACUCAACUCAGGAGAUGCAGGACAAUUUCAAGCGGUUCGAUCUCCUGCUGGACGACUACAGGCCUGGGCCGUCGUUACGCACGGAAACGGAAGCCCGAGAGCAGUUGACAUUAGAUCUCGCACUGGCCAUCGAUGUCUACGCUCCUCAUGCAGUACAAGCCGAACCCGACCAUUUCCUUGACGAUGCCCUCGAGACGAUGUCUCGUGCGACGGAGGCCAUGUCCAUCGGGAUUCCGGAACCCCCGCCCGUACAAUUCGGCUUUCUCCGACCUGCUGUACGCGAGCACUAUGGAAGGUUACAAGAAGAGAAAAGGCGCGAGUAUCCACUCGGUGUACGUCUUCUCCUCAACGAAUGGACAGUCGGCACGGAUCCACAUGAGUAUCAGUACCAUGACCCCUACGACAAUUCAGAACCGUCUGCGGCCCCAGCUCGGGCAGGGAAGAAGACAGAGAAGCCCUCGGCCGCAGAGGUUAGGACUCAACCUGCACGGAUGCCGCCGGUGAUCGCCACUGCACCUAUGGCCCCUCCGCCAAUAGCUGCGAGUCAGCCUGCGCGCACGAGACCAACGGCACAAUCUCAGGACGCCAGUACCUUCCGCACGAGAAGCCAGCCCACGCAGCUCCCUCCGUCGUCGCAAUCAUCCCAGUCCCAGGAGACGAUGUUCCCUAGCACCCAAGUUCUGCCAGGUCCUUUCGGUGGACGGCCAGCCCCUGUGAAAAAGAAAUCAGUGAAGAAGCGGAUGGGUGGAUUCUAGACGCGGUUAAAGGCGGUCUCGUGUGCUUGUAUAUCUCUAUAUCGGUUACGCAGCUUGAUAGUGGCUACCAUUUCCAAAAGAGCCUUUGUGUGU